AUGGGUGUAUUAAUAGGCGACAGUAGCAGUGCAACACCUGCCCAAGCAGAAACCGAACUGUCUGAAGUAAGCGGGACAUCGGCUUCCAGUACCAAAACACAAGUUCGAAAUGGUUUAUCGAUGGAAGCAGUGGAUGGGAUUGGUGGCGAAGAUGUUGAAACCAAGCCGAUGCAUUCCGGCCGAGGUUACAAUUGGUUCAUUGCAGCUGUUAUAAUCGUUGCUGAUAUGGUUGGUGGUGGUCUGGUCGCCAUGCCGGCUGGUUUCCACGACACAGGUGCCUUUCUGUUAAUAGUUUUAUUAUCUAAUAGUUCCGGUUCAAAAACAUGCGCACUGCCAUUUUAUUAUUGGUAUCUUGAGUGA